AGUUGGCCCGCUUUGGGGAGCUUUUAAUCCUUCUAUUAUUAAUUAAUCUCGAUCCCUUCUUUUAGCCAGCUGCAGGAUGGCCGGGAAGGUAGAGGAGGAGAAGAAGGAAGACUGCACCAAGGAUGGAACAGUGGAUCUCAAGGGCAGCCCAGUCCUCAGAUCACAGACUGGGAGGUGGAGAGCUUGUUCUUUUAUUGUUGGGUACGAAGUGUUUGAGAGGAUGGCAUACCAUGGAAUCACAACAAAUUUGGUGGUGUACUUGACCAAUAAACUUCACGAGGGCACAGUGAAAUCAUCCAACAAUGUCACCAACUGGGUGGGCACUGUUUGGCUGAUGCCUUUGUUGGGUGCUUAUAUUGCAGAUGCCCAUCUUGGCCGCUACUGGACUUUCAUCAUUUCAUCCAUUAUUUACCUUGUGGGAAUGUGCUUAUUGACACUGGCAGUCUCAGUGCCGGCCUUGAGACCACCGUCGUGUGGGCAUGGGGUGGUGGAUUGCGAAAAGCGAGCCUCCAAGCUACAACUUGGCGUUUUCUUUUGUGCCUUGUACAUAAUAGCACUGGGCACGGGUGGUACCAAGCCCAACAUCUCCACCAUGGGGGCUGACCAGUUUGACGACUUUGAGCCCAAGGAGAGGGCUCAGAAGCUCUCAUUCUUCAACUGGUGGAUGUUUAGUAUUUUCUUUGGGACCCUCUUCGCCAACACCUUCUUAGUGUACAUACAGGACAAUGUGGGUUGGGCUGUGGGCUACAGCCUACCAACAGUGGGUCUUGCCAUCUCCAUACUGGUGUUCAUCGUGGGCACACCCUACUAUAGGCACAAGACCCCUUCUGGGAGCCCUUUGACUAAGAUGGCUAAGGUGUUGGUGGCCGCAAGUAAGAAGUGGAAGGUGGUCGUCCCAAAUGACCCGAAAGAGCUCCAGGAGCUCAGCUUGGAGGAAUAUUCCAUCUCCGUCAAGUACAGAAUCGACUCUACCCCCUCGUUAAGAUUUCUUGACAAGGCCGCAGUGAAGAGUGGAUCGAGCUCGCCAUGGAGCCUAUGCCCAGUGACACAAGUGGAAGAAACCAAGCAAAUGCUGAAAAUGAUCCCAAUUCUGGUUGCCACCUUCAUCCCCAGCACCAUGCUCGCGCAAACACAAACCCUCUUCAUCAAGCAAGGCACGACGCUUGAAAGAAGCAUGGGUCCCCACUUCAAAAUCCCGCCUGCUUGUCUCAGUGCCUUCGUCACCAUCUUCAUGCUCAUCACCAUCGUCGUCUACGACCGGUUCUUCGUGCCGGCGAUCCGCCGGUACACGAAGAACCCUAGAGGGAUCACGAUGCUGCAGAGGCUGGGAAUUGGGCUGGCCUUGCACGUGGUCGUCAUGCUCACCUCCUUCUUAGCGGAGAGGACGAGGUUGAGCGUAGCCAGGGAAAAUGGGAUCACCGAGAAAAACCAGAUUGUGCCGCUGAGCAUCUUCAUCUUGCUGCCUCAGUUCGCCCUGAUGGGGGUGGCCGAUAACUUCGUGGAGGUGGCGAAGCUGGAGUUCUUCUACGACCAGGCGCCGGAGGGAAUGAAGAGCCUCGGCACCGCCUAUUUCACCACCAGCCUAGGAGUGGGGUAUUUUCUGAGCAGUUUUCUUCUAUCGACUGUGGCGAAAGUCACCAGAAAGCAUGGCCACAAAGGCUGGAUCUUGGACAAUCUGAAUCAAUCUCAUUUGGACUACUAUUACGCAUUUUAUGCUGUUUUAAGCAUUCUAAACUUUCUCUACUAUCUAGUGGCCGCAAAGCUCUUCGUUUACAACGUCGAUGUGGACAAACAACGAGCAGAAGAGUUGAAGGACGCCAUUAAUCUGCAGAACGAUGGGCCAAGCUGAUGAAUCCCUUUUCUUUUUUUGUUAUUUUUUCUUUCAAGUUCAUAUUUCAAGAUAAAGAGAUUGAUUAUGUUUCUCCUUUUCUUUUUCCUGAUAUCAUGUAACUUUUGUAUUUUUUAUGUAUUACUUAUUGUAUUACAUGUUAAUUUAGAUUUAUUUUUUACGUGGUUAAUUAUGUGCUUUUAACUAUUAGUUUUUUUAAAUUGUUUUGGGUACAUUAGUGUUGUUUUCUUUCUUUUAUUAUUUUAAGCUUUCUUUUAUUAUUUUAAUUUUCUUUUAUAUUUUAUGUGUUUUUGUUAUUUGACUACAUAUUAUUUUAGUUUUUUUUCCUUUUAAAUAUUUUUCAUGUUCUGUAUAUGUGCUCUUAAUCGUUUUUGUAAUU